AUGUCGCUCUUUAAAGGAGCCGCGAGAACUGUAUACAGGGCUGCUGCUGCGCAAAGAGUAGUAGUUCCAAUAUGUGGCGCGAGAAGGGCGGCGAGUAGCAGUCGAAUGACUAUGGAAAGUCAACAAAAGUUACUCUCAGCAGAUCUUGAACAUGCAGAUCCAGCAGUCUUCAAUAUCCUCCAAAAUGAAAAAAGGAGGCAGAAGCACUUCAUAAACCUUAUUCCUUCCGAGAAUUUUACAUCACAGGCGGUUCUAGAUGCAUUGGGAAGUGUUAUGCAAAAUAAAUACUCCGAGGGAUACCCAGGGGCAAGGUAUUAUGGAGGAAACGAGUUUAUCGACGAAGCUGAAAGAUUAUGCCAAAGUCGUGCUCUACAGACUUUUGGUCUGAAAGAGUCAGAAUGGGGUGUCAAUGUUCAACCAUUAUCCGGUUCUCCAGCAAAUCUCUACGCAUACUCCGCUCUCGCCAAUACGCACGAUAGAAUAAUGGGAUUGGAUUUACCCCAUGGUGGCCAUCUCUCCCAUGGAUACCAAACUCCUAUCAAGAAGAUCUCGGCUAUCUCAAAAUAUUUCGAAACUCUUCCAUAUCGAUUGGAUGAAAGCACAGGAUUGAUUGACUAUGCCAAAUUAGAGGAGCUUGCUACAUUAUACAGACCAAAGAUUAUUGUUGCUGGUACUUCAGCGUAUAGCAGACUCAUCGAGUAUGAGCGUAUGCGCGAAAUUGCCGACAAGGUUGGAGCAUAUCUAUUGGCUGAUAUGGCCCAUAUCUCUGGUCUCGUUGCAGCAAAGGUUGUUCCAAGUCCUUUCGAAUAUUCGGAUGUCGUCACAACUACCACACACAAAUCACUGAGAGGUCCUCGUGGUGCUAUGAUCUUCUUUAGAAAGGGAGUUAGACGAGUCAAUCCAAAAACAAAAGAGGAAGAGAUGUGGAAUCUUGAAGAUCCAAUCAAUGCAUCAGUAUUCCCUGGACAUCAAGGAGGUCCUCACAAUCACACUAUCACUGCAUUGGCAGUCGCACUGAAGCAAGCACAAAGUGUUGAAUUCAGAGCUUACCAAGAAGCAGUUCUACUGAACGCCAAGGCAUUCGCAAAGCGUCUUGGUGACUCAAAGGAUAAAGGGGGUCUCGGCUACACCAUCGUCUCUGGCGGUACCGAUAAUCAUCUUGUCCUUGUUGACUUGAAGCCUCAAGGGGUUGACGGUGCCCGUGUUGAGCGUGUUCUCGAGCUCGUCGGCGUAGCAUCCAACAAGAAUACUGUUCCAGGUGACAAAUCCGCCCUCAAACCUGGUGGACUAAGAAUGGGUACACCUGCCAUGACAACUCGCGGGUUUCAACCCGAAGACUUUGUGCGUGUUGCCGAUGUUGUAAAUAGAGCAGUGACUAUAACUCAACGAUUAGACAGAACCGCAAAGGAAGCAGCAGAGGCAAAAGGCAGAAAGAAUCCUGGUAGUGUAAACGCUUUCCUGGAGUAUCUCGGCGAGGGUGAGAACGAGAGAGAGAUUGUACAAUUGAGAAGUGAGGUCGAGGAAUGGGUUGGCACUUUCUCGUUACCGUGGGAGGAGAGUAGUUAA